AUGGGCUGCCGCGUGUCCGCCGCGCUGAAGCGGCUUGAGCUUAUGACAGGCGGCGCCUCGCGCGGCUCGCGCGGCGGGGGACCCGGCCCUGCGGGGCCUGAGCCGCCGGUGGCGCCGGCGCGGCUGGGCAGGGAGCUACGGGAGCUCCUGGAGGCGUCGAACGCCAUGGGCCCCGAGCAGAAGGUGGGCUGGCAGCGGUGGCUGCAGCAGCCCGCGAAGGAGGUAGAGCCGCCGCCCUGGCAGAAGCUGUGCUACCGCUCCAGCCUGCUACUGGCAGAGGGGGCGCAGGAGGCAGCCAGCAAUGCAGCCGCAGAGGUUGCUGCGCUACGGCCACUACCGGUGCAGCCGCUGGAAAACAUGCCCUGGUUGCAGCAUCUUUGUUGCUUGUUGGAAGCUCUGGACGCUGUGCUCUGCCUCUCUGGCAGCCUGGCUGCUGCCGAGGUGGCGGAGGAGGUGUUUCCAAAGCUGGAUGAGGUUUGGGAGGUUCUGCGUCGCUACGCCAAGAUCGCCGUGCUCAAGCCCACGCUGCCCGAGACCGACGUUGGUGCGCUCCGUGCCGCGCGGCUCUGCGCGGGGGACCUGGGCGCGGCGACCCCGCGGGCGCAGCUGGCGCCGCUCUGCGAGGCGGCGCUCAGGCUGCCGCUGCAGAUACUGGCUCGCUGUACGCCAACGGGGCCGGAGGCUGUGACCGGACAAGACCUGCUGGAGCUGGCCGAUGGAGACUUGUCUCUGGCGGUCUUCUGCGCGGUGAGCGCUCUGCGUGCGCCCGGCCUUCGUGCCUCUGGAAGGCUGAAGCUGAGAGUUUGGCAGCUGCUGCAGGAGCUUUCCACCUUCCAAUUCUUCGCCUCAGAAAUCUCGCCCUUCCGGGAGCGGAGUGACGAGACGCCCCUGCAGGACUUCGAGGCGCAGCACCCCGGCUACGCCCACGGCUUGGCCCUGUGCCUGCUGCAGGCGGAUGCUUUGGAAGCCUGCUGUGAUUUGGUGGUCGCCAAUGCGGAGGCGACUCAGCGAGUGGGCAUUAUCAUAGGCUGCUUGCGAAUGCUCCAUAGCCUGAGCGCCUCCGACCGGCUUUGGGCCUCCGGCCGGCUACUGGCACGCCGCAUAGCCGUGCUGUGGCCCCGCUUCGGCUACAGAGUUCUGGCCCCUCACUUGCGGCGCCUCGCAGCGUCCGAAGCAGGAGCACAAGGCGAGCUGCGCCGGGACUUGCGCACGCUGGCCUGGCUGCUUUACCACGCGCCGGAGCUGGCGGAGCUGGCGCGGCCCCUGGCGGCGGAGAUGGCGUUGAGGCUGCUGAAGGGCAGCCCAGAAACGCUCGCGGUAGCCAUCGCCGCAGCGGCGAAUGCUGGAGCACUCACGGAGGGCACGCUGCUCGACGCUCUCAGCGCCAUGGAAAGCACUCAGAAGGAGGCCGUGCAGCAAAGAUUUCCUGAGGAGACCAACCAGCGACUCUGGAUCGUGGAGGCUGCCUGGCCGGUGAUCGAGGAGCUUGGGCUUUGGCCCGCGGAGGAGGACGACAGCGAGGCAGCGGAGAAGCGGAGAGCGGACAUCGAGGCCAUUGCAAAGUUGACUCCGGAGGUGGAGGGCUUCAAUUCCGUGCUGCCAGGUGGCGUGGACGAGGCGAAGGAGAACUGGGGGGAUGACUGGGAGGCCGAGCAGCAGCAGGCUGAGGCGGCUCAGACCAAGGCAGACAAGCCGUGCUCAAUGCCGAUCACCUUGGGAGCGCUGGGAGUGCCUUUGCCAGGACCACAAAGCUUAGGCAGUCGCUCCCAGCUCUUUGCGCAUCUUUGCAGCAGCCCCUCCGAGCUCCACUGCUCGCUGGACGGGCGUCUGUGCACCGAGCCUGUCCUGGCAGCUCCAGGUGGGGAACUGUUGGAUGUUCUCUUUCAACGCUCCAGCAUCCUUUGCUGGUUGAGCCAGCGGCAAGUUUGCCCUGUGACUGGCGUGGCUCUGCACGCAGAAGAUUUACUGCCUGCAGUGGCGACCUGGAUGAAAAUGACCGCUGUGCUGCCUUACUCCUUUGGGCUGCUCGCCAGUGAGCAACCAACCCAAAUUCGUAGCUAG